AUGUUUUUAUAUUAUAUCGUCGUAUUGUUCCUGUAUUGGCCAAAUGCGAGGGGAGCCACUGACAAUGUCGUAUCACAGGAUGAAAAUAUCUACGAUCAAAUUGCCACAGCUUCGGAAAAUAUAAGGACUAUCGUUAAGACUGUCCCACCGCCGAUCGAUACUUCCAUUCAUUAUGAAAAUUCAAAUGGAUUUAUACCAAUGACACCGGCUAAUGUUGUUACAUCGAAAUAUCAACAAGGGAACGAAUUUAUUCAAUCUACUACGUUCGAUCCUAUAAACGUGUUCGAUGAUCAAAAAGAAAAUUCUACGAUAUCGACUGUACUUAUUCAUAAAUAUAAUGGGAAUCUUUUGAAAAACAUUGAAAAGCUCGAAAAUGAUUUAGUUGAAUCACCGGAAGCAAGAAUAUUUCUCGAUUUACCUCAUUCAGGUACUAAUCGUAGAUCAUUUGAAUUUCAAGACGAUCAAAAUAUAUUCGAAUUGUUAAAGGUACAUAACGAUACACCGGCUGUAGCUAAUUAUAAUGAUUUUUAUGAUAAUAUAGAAGAUUUAGGCGACAAUGAUCGAAGAAAGAGAAUUGGUAGUUAUGCGACGAAUUAUGAUACCGUGAAUGAACAAAGUGCCAACGCGGAGGAGGACGUUUAUGGUCAUUAUCAUUCUUACGAUGCUACAGAAGAUGAGAAAGGAACGAGUCAAAUGCCGGAGAAAGUAACGAGCAAUUACCAUCAGCGCAAUACCGUGAACUAUAACGGUCAUGGGCAGAGUACUACCAGGCAAAAAAUAACAGAGACAUCAGCGACCUCAUCAAGGACGAACUAUGAAGACAAUGAGUCGAAUAGAAAAAAUGGAAAUAAUUAUGAUAGUUUGGCAUCGUCCUUGAACGUUUCAAAAAAUCGACAUAAGUUUACGAAGCCAGUAGUGGUCGUUGAACCAAACCAUUAUCAGAUUGAAUUGAAUAUUGAUAAACAAUCAAGCAAUUCUCCGAGUACUCCGUCGACGGAAAAUCAUUUUAAAGAUUCCGAUUCUGUCGCUGCUGAAUCGUCGAAUAUGUACGGUAGAUAUCAUCAGGAAGCAAGAGGACGUAGUUACAUUCGCGAUGACUCCAAUGACGAUUCCAAUGAUAGCAUGGAUUAUAUGGAUUAUACCGAGAAACCUAUGAGAGUACAUAAAACCAAAAGACGACCUUACAACGUAGGAACAUCAAGAAGAUUACCGAAGGAACAUCGUACGAUGAUAGAAGACAGUAUGGAAUCGGAGAAUUAUAAAAAACGACCCAGUUCGACGAGAUUGAGAUCUCAUCGACAACGUCCACAGUCAACAACUUGGACCAAUGACAAUAAAAAUCGUAAUGAAGACGAUAGUAACGAGGAAAAAGUUCAUGAACCCAGAAUGCAUGUUUCCAGUUCACAGAUAAAACAACAAAAGUCCCAGCAGCAAUUGAAAACAAGGCCUAAUAGUGGAUGGAGUCAGUUAGGGCCAAACAUUGAAAUCUCUCAUUCGAAUGGGAUCGAGAUUAGCCCAAUAGAAAAAUCAAAUCUCGUUAUACCAGUUGGCCUUAUGUCAAUAGCUAACUUUGAUCAUGCCACCGCACUUGGUAACAGUCAAGGAUUCGACGUUUCCAAUGUGCUUUAUCAAAACAUUGUAACGCCUACACCAAUUGGUACAAUUAAUACAGCCACUACUCCUAUUAUUGGUUCGCAUCAAUCCACCGUAGGUCAGAACGUAGUGGCAACUUCAAACGUACCAAAAACUUUAACAAAUUUACCUAAUAUUCAAAACAUUGGAAUAUCUACACCGAUACCGGAUAUCAUAGUUGGUCAAAAUAGUUAUCAAAAUCCCACACACACUAUGCUCGUUCCCCAAGCAAAUCUACCAAACAAAAUUUCGACAAAUUCAAAUGCUCAGUAUGUUUCCAGUACUAUAACUCCUAUCUUUGCUCUGACGACUAGACUGACUCCAACUUUGCAAAGUCUACGUGUUCAAAAUAUACCAAAUAACGUCACUCCUCGACCUGGGUUUGCUACUACGACUCCUAGUUCUAACUUGCAACAAAUCACUGUGAAUCAAAUGCAACAAGGCAUUUCACAUUUGAUAGUUCCACAACCGACCGUUCAAACGUUAUCUAAUCUUCUUCAGGCACCAACACAAACCAAUACUGAAUAUAACAUACAAGUUAAUCCUCAUGGGCUUCAAGGCCAAAAUGUUAUCUCUCAAGGUAGCUUCCAAAUACCUAAUUAUCCAAUACAUACUGCCACAACGCCAUCCCCACAAUUUCAACCUGUAACCAGAGUCAAUAUUAUCACAGCCGAUACGCCAAAUAAAAAGACUUUUAUUCCAGCCUCCGGUGGUAAUAUUUUAGCAUCAGCCAGUUUCACUGUAGGACAAAGUUCACAAGUACAAUCGCCUAACGAUAAUAAUUAUGCUCCUCAGAUUAAUUUGAGACCAAUAUAUCAGGAUAAUUCAUAUCGAGUGAUGAAAGAUGAUAAUAAUAUGCCGAAAACAAAAACUUAUCUACAAACUGCCAAUUUAAUACCAUUUUAUCAUCCGGUACCCCCUAUGAGUGCUACGACUUUGAAUCAACAAGCAUCCCAGAGUGUAAACAAUAUGAAUUUUCUCUUACCUAGAUUACAAGAACAAAAUGCCCAAUAUCAAAACGUUCUACAUCAAUUACAAUUGCAAUUACAGCAUGGUCAAACUUUGAGAAAUAAUAAAUUUCCAAAUUAUCCGUAUCAAACCAGCGAUACCGUAGGUAGUCACACGAUCAGUAAUCUCAACAUGGUAACCGUUCCACAGAACAACAAUUUUCCACAUCUCCCAAAAGUUGGGGCCAAAAAUGUCGAAAUUUUGAAUCCAAAUAUUAAACCAAGUCCAAUAGACACUACUAUAAUACAUCCUCUUCCAACUUUACAUUAUCCUAUUAUAACAACACCAAUUCCAAUUCUAACGACAACACCUGAGUACUCAUUGAGUACACCUACUCCAAGUUACAUCGAUUCAUUGACAGAUACAAGAGCUAAUCAACAAGGUUCAUCAACGAUGGACAUGAAAACAUCACAAAAUCAAGAAAAACCAUUCUUCAAUCCGAUCAAUUUUGUUCCUAACAUAGACGUUAUAAAAAAUCAAAAUGCUCUUAAUAGCAAAUUGCAAAAUCACGAGACACUUCAGCAACCUUUGAACUUGGUACCAUUGAUACCCGAUGGAAAUUUCUUUAAGCCAUCGUUAGCAGCCCAGAGUGAAUUAUUGACGAAGCCAAAAUUGUCGACGGAUUUGGAAAAAUACGCUGAGGAAAUGUUCAAGGAAUCAUUGAGAACGAUUUAUAAUUCUCAAAAAUGGAACAACGAUAGAAAAGUUCAACCUACGAAUAAUCAGACGCACGUCGAGCCAAAUGAUAUCGUCACAUUGAAAAACGAAUUGAUGAAAUUAAAGGCAACAUUGCCGACGGACGUGAAACAAACUAAAGAAAUUCUUGAGCCUUAUCAGAGCGAAAAUAAAAUUCGAACGACCGAGCCGGCCAAAUUAACGAGUCCUGGAAAUGAUAAGAAAAAACCAGAUUCAUUGUUGGCAACGUUAGAAGAAUUGCUAAAAGCACAAUCAUCGUUAGAACCUACAUACACGCGUCAUGAACAUCGACACAAACACAGUCGCAAACGACCUUACUCGUCGAACAUGAAACAUUUACGAGAUUUUUUAACACCACCGAAACCAAGCACACACCAUUCGAACAGUCAUUAUCACGAUAAAGUCAGCAAGAAGAGACCUAGUUCCUCACCGUCCAGAUAUAGUCAUUACACUCAUAGUCACUUCGAUGGUCCCAGGCAUACAAAAAAAAAUGGGUUAAACUCAAAAUCGAUUAGUCCUGAAGCUUCGGCUAGUAAUAUAGAUGGAGUACGUGUCAUUGGUCGUCCUAGUUAUCCCGAUUUCAAGAAAAUCCCAUCGAUCGACGAUUAUCCAACGUUUACAACUUCGGCACCGAAUGUUGAUGAUAUUCAAAAAUUCAUUAAGGAACUUAAAUCUUCGAGUUCAACGGAAAGUAAUAAGUACGAUAUUAAUCAUCCUAGAAUGCAUAAUCUUCUUGCUUUGUUGAUGAAGAACAAACAAUUGCCAUCAGGCAAUAUUAAACCAAAUUAUUUUCGUACUAGCGAUCAAUUGCGACAAUUCUUCGAGGACGAGAAACGAAGGUUACAGGAACAAUUUUACAACGAUACUUUAAAAAGCUAUUUGGAAAAGAAUACUGAUAAUGUUUCACGUAUGAUGCCUAGGUCUAGUGUAAUAAGUGCCGAUAAAGUUUAUGCGAAUCCAGCCGCGUAA